AAAACACUAACAUUGAUGUCUUCCCUUCUCUUCAGUACGAGGUUUCUGAGAGACAGAGUGGUGUUUUAUUAAAAAAUAUGGUGUGGCCGGCAAUCCUUCGCUUGGCGUACCCGCCACCACCGUCGGUGUUCAUCACGGCGAUCACAGUGAUUGGCGGGGUGGGGCUAGCCAACGGGGGUCUGUCCGAGAUAAGGGGAACCCACAUGAAGUACUCCAAGUUUUGGAACGUCCACUCUCCGGUGAGGGAGGCCCGGGUCACAAGCCGGACUGGGAUGCUUGCGGUCUACAUGCCCGCAUUCGUCGCCGGAGCUGCAUCCUUCUGGAUCUUCCCCGCCGGCGAGGGUCUCCGCUUCCUACUCCUCAGAGCCGCUCUCACCCUCCAUUUCUUAAAGAGGGUUCUUGAGGUUCUGUUCGUCCACAAGUUCAGCGGUUUUAUGGCCGUUGACUCCAUGUGCGUCGUCUCUCUGAGCUACUUCUUCUUUACCGUCAACUCGAUCUACAUCCUGUACCUGUCCCGGCACUUCCCCGAGCCCAGCAUUGACCUGACAUAUCCCGGGCUCGCACUUUUCCUGAUCGGUGUAGCAGGCAACUUCUACCACCACCUCAUCCUCUCCAGGCUGCGGAGUGCCGGAGGCAACAAGGAGUACAAAAUCCCGCAGGGCGGGCUCUUCAGCUUGGUCACGUGCCCACAUUACCUCUUCGAGAUCAUCGAUUUCGUCGGGCUUUCCUUCAUCUCUCAGACGAUUUACGGCUUUGUCAUAACUCUUGGCACAAUCAUUUACUUGAUAGAAAGGAGUUAUGCAACUAGGAGAUGGUACCUUUCCAAGUUUGAUGAUUUUCCUAGACAUGUCAAGGCCCUUUUCCCCUUUGUUUUCUAAUAACCAUACGUUCAAAAUCAAUGACAUUUGUCUGGCUUCUGUUCCAAUUGCCUACUUACUUUUUCAUCCUUCUAACAUGAU